AGAGCUUUUGGCAUCCACCUGUACACAACUUUUAACUGGCGCAACACACAGACAUGUUUUUGGAGAGAGAGAGAGAAACCCUGAGAAGCUGACCGGAGAAGACGAAGCAAGUUCAAAAUUUGUUUGAAGAGACUUGGGUAGGAAAUGGAUGGUAAUUUUCCGCAAGGAAGUGUGGUUCGUGGUGGAGCUUCUUCGUACGGCGGAUUCGAUUUGCAAGGUCCUACGAGAGUUCAUCAUCCAGAUUCUAUGAAUCAGCAUCGACACAACCCAAAUUCUCGAACCCUUCACGAAGGUCUUCCCUUUACUAUGGUUACAGGUCAAACCUGUGAUCAUCACAACAUGUCAAUAACUGAGCAGCAUAAAGGUGAAAGAGAGAAGAUCUCAGUGAGUGACGAUGAUGAACCAAGUUUCACAGAGGAAGGUGGUGAUGGUCACAACGAGGCCAACAAAUCCACCAAAGGAUCUCCUUGGCAACGAGUGAAGUGGACAGAUAAGAUGGUGAAGCUUUUGAUAACCGCUGUGUCUUAUAUAGGUGAUGAUUCGACCAUGGAUACUGGUAGUAGAAGGAAGUUUGCGGUUUUGCAGAAGAAAGGGAAAUGGAAAUCGGUUUCCAAAGUCAUGGCUGAGAGAGGUUAUCAUGUCUCGCCGCAGCAAUGCGAGGAUAAGUUCAAUGAUUUGAAUAAACGGUAUAAGAAGCUUAACGACAUGCUUGGUAGGGGAACUUCUUGUCAGGUUGUUGAGAAUCCUGCGCUUUUGGAUUCGAUUGGUUACUUGAAUGAUAAAGAGAAGGAUGAUGUUAGGAAAAUCAUGAGUUCCAAACAUCUUUUCUAUGAAGAGAUGUGUUCAUACCACAAUGGGAACAGGUUGCAUUUGCCUCAUGACCUUGCUUUGCAGCGUUCGCUACAGUUGGCGCUUAGAAACAGAGAUGAUCAUGAUAACGAUGAUUCUAGGAAACACCAGAUGAUGGAGGAUGUUGAUGAUGAGGACCAUGAUGGAGAAGGUGAUGAGCAUGAUGAGUAUGAGGAGCAGCAUUUUUCACAUGGGGAUUGUAGAGGAGUUCAUUACGGAGGUGGUGGUCCUUUGAAGAAGAUGAGACAGAGCCAUAGCCAUGAAGAUGCUGACCAUCCGAAUCACGUUAAUUCUCUUGAAUGCAGUAGAGGCUCUUUACCUCAAAUGCCGUUUCCUCAAGCUGAUGUGAACCAAGGUGGGGCAGAGAGUGGGAGAGCAGCUUCGGUGCAGAAGCAGUGGAUUGAGUCUCGGACUCUCCAGUUAGAGGAGCAGAAGCUUCAGAUCCAAGUUGAGUUGCUGGAAUUGGAGAAACAGAGAUUCAGGUGGGAGAGGUUUAGUAAGAAAAGGGAUCAAGAACUCGAGAGAAUGAGGAUGGAGAAUGAAAGGAUGAAACUUGAGAAUGAUCGGAUGGGCUUGGAGUUGAAACAAAGGGAAUUGGGUGUUGAAUUGUAAACAGAAGUGGCUUUACUUCCCUUUGAUUGGUAUAUAUAGCUUCGCAAACUAAGACUCAUUUUCUGCUAUUGUAAGCUUGCUUUAACUGUAAUGAUCUCGAGACUUUGAUGUGAGAGAACAUUGCGGUCGUGAUGGUUGAGAAUAUAGUGAUAGGAUUGGUUGAUAUAAGCAAGCUCUCUUAGGUUUGCUUUAACAUUAGCAUCCAAGUCACUUUUUCAUAUUAACCUUAUGGCUUGAACUUAUCAACUGGUUAAGGUUAUUUUCAUCA